UACAGAAUAUUAUUACAUGGAUCUAUUCCCACAAGCAUACAACUUCAAUAACACACACAACCCUCUCCUAGCAGCAGACUAUCUGCCUGACGUGCUACACUACUCCAUCAACAUACAGCCAUUGUCACACCAUUACAGCAGCACGUACAAUGGAUCUUUCUACAACAAUACAUCUGUCAAUUCUCACUGAAUAACCAAUGAUAUAAUUAUUAAAGAGGUUCAACCAAUGCCACACUCUGAGAUAUCUAACCAUUCCAACAUUCAAAAGCAACAUGUUAUUGUCAUUGUCUAUUGUAUUAUCCAUGGUCCACUGUGUAUUGACCAUAGACCUUACCUACCAUGUGGAAGAAGAGAGAAGUCCAGGAACAUAUGUAGCAGACAUUGCUGCUGAUUCUAAACUUUUAGACAAUGUUAAACCAUCUGACCAACAUUUGAUAACAUUCAGUCAAUUCAAACGAAAGGUGGCACAGUUAUUUAAUAUCACCAAAACAGGUAAACUGUACACUGCUCAGACACUGGAUGCAGAAGAUCUCUGUACAUUCAACAAAGAAUGUUCCAGAACUAUGAAAGUUGUUGUCAAUAAAGGAAGGAGUAUUACAAAAAUAUUAAAAAUCAAAAUCGUAAUAGAAGAUAUCAAUGACCAUGAACCAGAAUUUCCCAAAAAUACAGUGUAUAUAGAAUUUGGGGAAAAUGAUCGUAAAGGUUCUAAAGUAUCACUACCAAAUGCCAUAGACAAAGAUGUUGGCUUUCAAAACUCCUUAAUACAAUAUAAAUUAAAAUCAAAGAAUGGAGAACCAUUCUCUCUGUCAGUGUCUAAAAGAGCUGAUGGUAUUUCUUCUCUUAAAAUAGUUUUGAAAGAAUCAUUAGACAGAGAAAUCAAAGACACAUAUUUAUUACAAGUCAUAGCUAAGGAUGGAGGUUCACCAGCAAAACAGGGUGUUUUAAAUAUAAAUAUUUCUGUAACAGAUGAGAAUGACAACCCACCAGAGUUUUCUAAACCUUUAUAUAAUAUAUCCAUACAAAGUACACAUCACAAACCUAAACCCAUCAUUGUUUUAUCUGUGACUGAUGCUGAUUCUGGUGAAAAUGGUAAAAUUACUUUCCAUUUCAGUCCAAAGACAUCAGAUCUAGCUAAAAGCUAUUUUCAGUUAAAUGAAACAAGUGGGGAAAUUUUCGUAAGUAAAUAUUCAAAUUUAGGGAAAAAGAAAACCUAUGAACUAUUUAUAGAAGCCAGAGAUGGAGGCAGCCCUCCCCUCAGUUCCAUAGCUACAGUCCUCGUAAAUGUUAUCAACCAACACAACAAUCCUCCAUCUAUUGAUAUUGAUUAUGUUAAUGCAAUCAAUGACAACACAGCUACCAUUUCUGAAGACAUCAAAGUUGGUAGUUUCAUUGCUUAUGUGAUGGUCAGCGACAAUGAUGUGGGACAAAAUGGAGAGGUCAGCUGUGAUAUCAAACAUGAUACAUUCAAACUACAGUCAAUGGGAUCUAAAGAAUAUAAA